UGCUGUUCACUCUCACCACAGUCUCUGCGUCUCCAUCACUUUCAUUUUGUACUUUGUAACAUGGUUGACACCCGGUGUGCUUGGGCCUUCUGGUGGUUUUGUUUUGCGAUUGUUAUAUAUUCGCUGUAUGUGGUUUGGUCCACCACCUGGAGUCGACGCCAAUCAAUUGAGCAACUUCAAUCCUAGUCACCGAGAGCAUCACCGCCAUGCACAUAACUCGUUUGUUUCUUAUUGCCAGCCUUGCCCUCACUGCAUCCGCUGCCCAAUCGACUGAUUCCUCGGGCACCGAAUCAGCCACCACCACUGCGGCAGACUAUGCCACCACAGGAACCAGCUAUGCCGACGACAGCAGCACCAUCACCCUCCCGACCACCAUCGACUACGCGACCAUGACCGACGUUUCCUCCGCCAUGGCGACGGGCAACAACACAGCAGCAGAGUCGGCCUCAACGUCAACGUCGGACAACAGUACCUCCUCGUCCUCACCCACGCAGACAUUGCUGGUAGGCACUGCAAAGACGACGACUGCUCUUAAUGGGACGAGCACGACGAAUGCCACGACAUCCAGCACUACGACAUCAGCGCGUCCCACCAACACGGUGCCUUGCAACGGGUAUCCCGAAUUCUGUCAGCGGAAAUUCAGCAACAUCACCUACGUCGCCGCCCACAACAGUCCUUUUAUCCGCGGGGGGAAUCUAGCCGCCAACCAGAUGCUGGAUGUUGAGACCCAAUUGAACGACGGGGUUCGAAUGUUACAAUUCCAAGCCCACCUAGUCAACGGAACCAUGUACCUCUGCCACACAUCAUGCGACCUCCUCAACGCCGGCACAUUGGAAUCCUAUCUAACAACAGUAACCAAAUGGCUCCGCGCGCACCCGCACGACGUGAUCACCAUUCUAAUGGGCAACUACGACGUCGUGGACCCUUUCAACUUCACAUCUCCCGUAACUCAGUCCGGCCUCAUCGAUUUCGUCUACACGCCACCCACAGUUCCCAUGUCACUAGACUCGUGGCCCACACUGGCCGAAUUGAUUCUGACCAACAAACGCGCCGUCGUCAUGCUCGACUACAACGCCAACCAAACCGCGAUUCCCUGGCUGUUGGACGAAUUCUCAAACAUGUGGGAGACGCCCUUUUCACCGACCGAUCGGGACUUCCCAUGCACCGCCCAACGUCCGCCUGAUCGAUCGCGCGACCAAAGGCUCGACAGAAUGUACAUGGCCAACCACAACCUAAAUCUUCAAGUCUCCCUGGCAGGAAUCAGCUUACUCGUGCCGUUUUUCACGCUUCUCAACGAGACCAAUGCUGUCACGGGGUAUGGUUCGGCCGGACGAGCGGUCACGAAUUGUACGGAAAUGUGGGACCGGCCGCCGAAUUACUUGUUGGUCGAUUAUUAUAAUAUUGGAAAUUUCAACGGGAGUGUGUUUCAGGUCGCGGCGGAUGCUAAUAAUGUCACAUAUAACAAGGAUUCCUGCUGUGGUACGGCGGGGACUUCCGGUGGUGUACCUGCGAGAGGAGUGGAUUUAAGGAACUUGGGGGUAGCUUUGGUGGUUGGUGCAGUGGCUUGUUGGUUGCUGUAGAUGCUGCAUGUAGUUGGGUACUAGAACCUUGCGAAAGGAAUGUUUUGUUUCAAUAUUGAUGGUUGAGUGAUUGGAGUCGUCGAUAGAUGGGAAUUGGUUAUAUUACUAGUAGUUACGAUUAUGAUUGUGACUGGGGAAUGCUGCUGACUCAGGUUAUAUGUGUUUGGUGGUUCUUUGUUUGCCUACUACCCGGUAAUCAUGCGUAUGAUAUCUCGUCCCUUCUCACCGAGAAUAAGUAUUAAGUAAGAUAGCUUAGGUUAGUAUAGUAGUAUACCUAUGUAUGGGCUAUGUGUAACGAGCAGAAGCAACUGUUUACCUGGUAGAUCAUGUCAUAUUAGGUAUGUAUUCGGUAGCUUGGACAAGUUCGAUAGAGGCCAAAAGACAAACCCAAGAAAUGAAUG